AUGAUCAUGAGUUCGUUUUUAAUGAACCCUGUUUCUGGGGCUUUGCCGUCGAGUUAUCAGCAAACUCAGCACAUAUCUGGUGGUGUAGUGGUUGACCCGAAAUUUCCGCCUAGUGAAGAGUACAGUCAAAACAGUUAUAUUCCCUCGCCGACUGAAAAUUUUUUCGGGAAUCAUCAUUUGAAUCAGCCGCAGCACCAUUUGCAAUAUGGCUACCACAAUCACCAUCAGGCGACGUCCUACGGCUCAGGCGGUAUGCCGCUCGCUGGUACCGGAUACGGAAGUUAUGGUAAUUAUUAUCAUCAUCAGUUGCAUCACGCACCACCUAUACAUUCCCAUCAAAUUCGACCGCCUUUACAAAUACACGAUAGUCAAAAUCUUGUCAAUUGUGGAACGAUACCAAAUAAUCACAAUCAAUCUACCGUCGGUGGUUCCUCGAACAUUUUACAAAAUAUUUCAGACAUUUCGCCGAACGUUACGCAGCCGAGUGAUGUGAACUCUAGUGUGUGUAGUCCUGCUUCGGCAGGUCACGGACAAGAAUCUAGGGGCUCGCCUCCAGGACAUUCCUUACAAGAAUUAGGACUCAGAUUAGAAGAUAGUGUGUCCGAUGAACCUGACGAUAUUGACGAUCAGUGUAGUUCAAUAAAUAAUGACGAAGACGACGAUGAUGAUGGGGAUGGGGAUAGACCGAUUUAUGCUUGGAUGAAAAAAGUUCACGUAGCAGGAGCAUCUACUGGAGCCUUCGCACCCGGUAUGGAACCCAAACGACAACGAACUGCAUACACCCGCCACCAAAUAUUAGAAUUAGAAAAAGAAUUCCACUACAACAGAUACCUGACAAGGCGGAGACGGAUAGAAAUAGCGCACACAUUAGUCCUUUCAGAAAGACAAAUUAAAAUCUGGUUUCAGAAUCGCAGAAUGAAGUGGAAGAAAGAUAACAAAUUACCCAACACGAAAAACGUAAGAAGGAAAACGAAUCCCGCCGGGGUCACCACCACGACGGGGGGCAGCAAGUCAGGGGGCAAAGUUCGGGGGAAAACACAGAACAGCACUCCGGGAAAUAACAAUGAUAAACGGAAAAACAACAACAGGGAUAUGGACGGACUCGGCGAGAAUAUGCUAGACAUGUCGUUGAGCGGUCAGCAUCAGAUUUCUCACGCUCAUCCCAUGCCUCCGACUAGUCUCCACCAUGGAAUGCUCCAUGCGGAUCCCAGUAUGCAUAUUGGAUCAUUAGGGUCAUCGCUCACCCCUCUUUCAUCGUCACCAGGAUGUGGACCUGGGGGCGUCCCGGGGACGCCACAGCCUGUUAUUAAAUCUGAUUAUGGACUCACUGCUCUUUAAAAGUGAGUGUAAGCUCAAUAUGUAGGAAUGCCGUGAAAUUUGCAUAAAAGGGAUAAACUGUUUUUGUACUGAAAUCAAAAUAAAUAAUUAACUAUUAACAUUCUACAUAAAGGAUUUUAAGAAACGUCUAAAAUAUAUUUACAGAAUGUCUGAUUAAGGACAGUUAGCGGCUGUAUCUCAGAAUAUAUUAAAAAAGUUAUUUUUUUUAGACGAAAC